GUUGCCAUUGAAUAGCAUGGAAUUAAACCUUCCUUCGUCAGUGUAUAUGUUUUGUGUUGGCUACCGUAACGGUGAAAAAAUCGAGUCAAACUGUCAAACAUGGACCUUUUAAUUAUGUUUUUGUAAUCGCAAUCUUUUUGAUGAAUAGUGGGUGAAUUUGAACAAAACAGACCAAUGAUUCCCAGUUAAUCAACAAAAAUGCAUAUAAAACAGGUUAUCAUUCAGGGCUUCAAAAGCUACAGGGAUCAAACAGUAGUGGAGCCCUUUGAUAAAAGGCACAAUGUAGUUGUGGGCCGAAAUGGUUCUGGAAAAAGUAACUUUUUCUACGCAAUUCAGUUCGUGUUGAGUGAUGAAUACUCUCAUUUGAGGCCAGAGCAGAGACAAGCCUUACUACAUGAAGGAACAGGCCCUAGAGCACUUUCAGCUUAUGUUGAGAUUAUCUUUGAUAACUCUGAUUCCAGAGUUCCUCUUGAGCAAGAGGAAAUUUUCCUGAAGAGAGUGAUUGGUGCCAAAAAAGACCAGUAUUUUCUGAAUAAAAAGGUUGUUCCAAGGACUGAGGUUAUGAAUUUACUUGAGUCCGCUGGUUUUUCAAAUUCUAAUCCAUAUUACAUUGUCAAACAAGGAAAGAUCAACCAAAUGGCUACUGCCCCAGAUGCCCAUCGGCUAAAACUAUUGAGAGAAGUAGCCGGUACAAGGGUUUAUGAUGAAAGACGUGAUGAAUCGAUGGCUAUUCUAAGAGAAACAGAGAUCAAGUGUCAGAAAAUUGAGGAGUUUUUAAGAACGAUUGAGGAAAGACUUAGUACUUUGGAAGAAGAAAAGGAAGAGUUGAAACAGUAUCAGCAUUAUGACAAGAUUCGUAGAGCAUUGGAAUACAUCAUACAUGAGGUUGAGCUGAAUGAGAAUAAAAAGAAACUUGCAGAUUUAGAAAAACAAAGAAACGAAUCUGGAACCGAGCAAGAAAAGUUGAAAGCCAACUUGAAAAAGGCUCAAGAUAACAUAAAAACACUCACAAAGAAAGUCAAAGAGACAAAAAAGGAGCUCAAUUCUUUGAAAGAAGAGCGUGACAUUCUGACCAACGACCAGCAGCAUCUUAUUAAAGAAAAAGCCAAGUUAGAUUUGACAAUCAAGGAUUUGUCAGAAGAAGUAUUGGGUGACAACAAAUCUAAAGAGAGAGCUGAGAAUGAAUUGGCCAGAUUGACACACAGCAUCAAAGAAAAGGAGGCAGAAUUGGAAAAGAUAAAACCUCAAUAUGAGGCAAUGAAGAAACGCGAAGAUGAAUGUACAAGAGAACUUGCUUUGAAAGAGCAAAAGCGGAAAGAAUUGUAUGCAAAACAAGGUAGAGGGAGUCAGUUCACCUCAAAGGACGACAGAGAUCGAUGGAUCCAAAAUGAACUGAAAUCUCUGAACAAGCAACUGAAAGAUAAGAAAGAUCAUAGAGAUAAACUGGAGGCAGAUUUGAAACGAGACGCGAAUAAGGUCAUUGAAUUGACUAAGAAGAUUGAGGAGCAAACACAAGAACUUGAAAGGCAGAAGAAUUUCAUUGAUGAACACAAUAAACAGAUAUAUGAGCUGAAAAAGAACAAGGAUCAAUUUCAAGCUACAAGAAAUGAAUUGUGGCGCAAAGAAAACAACGUUCAACAGAACCUAUCAUCAUUGAAAGAAGAUCUGGCUAAAGCAGACCAGCAAUUGAGAUCCAUGGUCGGCAAGCCUAUCCUGAAUGGCAGAGAUAGUGUUCGCAAAGUGUUGGACACAUUUACGACACGCGGAGGUAGAGAGGCAGAAGUUGCAAAACAUUAUCAUGGACCCGUCAUCGAAAAUUUCGAUUGCGAAAAAAGCAUUUAUACAGCUGUAGAAGUCACUGCAGGCAAUAGGUUGUUUCAUCACGUUGUGGACACUGAUAUAGUGGGUACACAGAUUUUGAAAGAAAUGAAUAGGCAAUCUUUGCCCGGAGAAGUAAAUUUCAUGCCUCUGAACAGAUUAAACGUCAGGGAGUUGGACUACCCAAAUGAUGCUGAUGCUAUUCCGAUGGUUUCAAAGCUACAUUAUGACCAAAAAUAUGACAAAGCUAUGAGGUUCCUUUUCGGAAAAACCCUCAUAUGUCGCAACUUGGACGUUGCUACUAAGCUUGCCAGAACUACAGGCCUUGACUGUGUUACCCUGGAUGGCGAUCAGGUUUCGUCCAAAGGCUCUUUGACAGGCGGAUAUUUCAACUCGUCCAGGUCUCGUUUAGAAAUGCAAAAAAAUCGUAGUGAGACCAUAGCUCAAAUUCAGCAAUGUGAACAAGAACUGAAGCAACUGAGAGCGGAACUUGCAAAAACAGAAACUUCUAUCAACAGUAUCGUUUCUGAGAUGCAAAAGACUGAGACCAAAAACAGCAAAGCCAAAGCUAUUUAUGACAAGGUGAAAGGCGAACUCCGUCUCAUGCGUGAAGAACUGUCCAACAUCGAGAGAUUCCGUGGACCAAAGGAACGUUCAUUAGCCCAAUGUAAAUCAAGUUUGGAGGCCAUGCAGACCACCAAAGAGGGACUUGAAUCUGAACUCCAUCAGGAUCUGCUAGCACAACUGUCUGUACAGGAUCAACAGCAAGUUGACAUGCUUAAUGAUGAUAUACAGAGACUGCAAAAAGAGAACAAGGAGGCCUUCAGUACGCGUAUGAAGCUUGAAGCUGAGAAAAACAAGCUUGAAAAUCUCCUGACGAAUAAUCUGAUCAGAAGAAGGGAUGAAGUUCUACACGCUCUGCAAGAAAUCUCAUUAGAAGAUCGAAAACGUCAGUUAGUAAACUGCAAAUCUGAGCUUGAAGAAAUCGAUAAAAAGAUCGACAAGGUCAACAAAGGCCUUACUGCAAUGGAAAACAAAGUGAAAGACAUGGCGAAAAGGCUGAAAGUUGAACAGGCAGACCUGGAAAAUUGGAAGAAGAAAGAAAGGGAUGCUCAAGAUAAGAUUGAUGAAGACGCGAAACAUCUGGAAAAGUUUGCUACCAAGCAGAAUUUGCUGGAGCAGAAGAUUGCAGAGUCACUGGAGAAAAUCAACCAAUUGGGAGCUCUGCCUGCCCAGGAUUUGUACACACAGUAUUCCAAGAUGACAUCUAGAUAUCUUUUCAAGGAGCUAGAAAAAGCCAAUAACCACCUGAAGAAGUUCAGUCACGUCAACAAGAAAGCUCUGGAUCAAUUUAUGCAAUUUUCUGACCAAAAGGAAAAACUACAAAAAAGAAAAGAGGAAUUAGAUCGAGGUGAUGAAAAGAUUAAAGAAUUAAUCGCCACUUUGGAACAGAAGAAGAUGGAAGCGAUUCAGUUUACCUUCAAGCAGUUUUCCAAGUACUUUACUGAAGUAUUCAAGAAAUUGGUGCCAGAUGGUCGUGCUAAACUUGUGUUGAAAACUGUCGAUCAUUCUGAAGGGCAUGAAAUUGGACCUGAUGAUAAAAACGCUGAUAACUUCACAGGUAUUGGUAUCAAGAUAUCCUUCACAGGGUCAGAUGCAGAAAUGAAAGAAAUGAAUCAGUUAUCUGGAGGUCAAAAGUCUUUGGUUGCCUUAGCGUUGAUUUUCGCUAUCCAAAAGUGUGAUCCUGCCCCAUUUUACCUAUUUGACGAAAUUGACCAGGCCUUGGAUCCUCAGUAUAGACGAGCGGUGGCGAAUAUGAUCCACGAAUUAUCGACUGAAGCCCAGUUCAUCACUACUACUUUUAGACCAGAACUUUUGGAACAUGCCAACAAAUUUUAUGGAGUCAAGUUCAGAAAUAAGGUCAGUCAUGUGGAAUGUGUGAGUAGAGAAGUGGCAAGGGACUUUGUUGAAGAUGACCAGACGCAUGGUUAAAAAUCUUACGUUGUACAAAUUCCAUUGGGAUUUUUUUUUAUAUUUUGAUGUUUACUAUUCCAGAUUUUUCAUACUAGGACAGGGUUGUUUCGUUUUAAACAUUUUGUUUUAAUCAAUUGUUUUAAACAUGUUUUAAAUAUUCGCUUAGGUUUAAAACAGUUAAAAAAGCGCCUUUUUUCUUCUUUAUUAAUAUAAUAAAUAAAAAUAGGAGAUGUUCUCAUAUACAUUAUACAAACUUUUUAACGUAAAUAUUAUUUAUUUAUUAAUAAUAGGAACACAACAAUUUUGCAUACAAGGGUUAACAAAUACCCCACACUCUUCGUCGCAUAGUCAUCUAAGUCAUCAAUCAGAUAUCUGAUCAGUCACGUGAUCAUUGAUGGAAUUAAGCUCUUUAAAAAUUGAUACCAACUUAGCAGCUUUGAAAUUGCUUAGCCGAUUACGUGGUUUUGAAUAGACUAAACCGUAUGAUGAGAAGAGUCUUUCUAUGUUGGCUGACGAUGCAAUAGGUGUAUGAAGCUGUUGAGCAAGUUCCAAUGCUGUGGUAUUUAGAUUUUUCAUAGAACGCCACCAUGCGAAUGAUUUUACAUUCUCAAUUAGAUGUUUAGAAAACAUAUAUGGUUCAUGCCUGGUAACUAAUAAUAAUUGGCAAUGCUUCUGGAUGAUAGGUUUCUACAUAUUCCAUGCCAGUUUCUAUUUGCUCUUGACUAAGUUUAUUGCAUCUAAGGUGAUGAUCAAGCAAAUUUGCCAAGAAAUGAGCUGGGGUCAAAGCCAUAUUCAUACGCUCCUCGACUUUAUUCGUAUCACUUACCGAAAAUUCUCCAUUUGCUUGUUCAGUCUCGAAUGCUUCUAAAAAUUCUAGCCAUAUCUCUGUAGCCUCUCCUAUAGUGCAAGUGUUUCUUUGGCCUUUGUCCAGAGCAAAUGCGAUAUACUUUAAUUUUUUUAAAUAGUCUUGGGCAUUUGUCUUCAAAUUGGUAAAAAUUUAAAAUUCAAAGUUACUUGUAUUAUUAUCUGGGUAAACAUUCUUUGAAUAUUUUUGAAUGUUGGAUAUCUCAUCUAGCGUUAAAUCCUCAUCUGACUCAUAAUCAUAGAUAAUUGACAUUGGUAGCUGACAAUUUUCAGAUGGAACACAUUUUUGGAUAUGUUUCUUCACAUGCAGCACUAGUCCAGCCAUAAUUACUGUACUUUUUUACAUUUAGCAGUCACUGACUUUUUGUUAUUAUCUUUAGCAUCAAAAUAGGACCAAAUGGCAUCUUUCCUCCUUCCUGUAGACAAAAUUUUUUAAAAAAAGAACAUCACAAAAUAACUUACAGUAGACGUUAUUGCAAUAGCCAACUUGCAAGGCGAAUUUAUAAAUAGUAGUCUGUGGUUCCCCCAGGAUAAUAGUUCCUCAUUGCAAUUGGUUUUUGUUAUUUCGGGGAUUCACCGGCACAGCCUCUCGGCGGCGGGCCGCGACGUAAUUCGUAACAGCUGAUCGCGACAGUUUAGUACGGAAUCGGACUUUAAAUAAGGUAUCUAUUAUUUAGUAGAAUACAAGGUCGAACAUUUUCAAUUAAUAUUAUGAAAAAAUAUGAUUUAAACAAUGUUUUUUUCUAAGCUUUAUUUGUUCAAAACAUAAUAUUUAAAAACAAAAAAAGCAUGUGUUUUGUAUAAAAUAAAAAAAUACAUGUUUUUUUCCAACCCUGUACUAGGAUAUGUUUUGUGUAACAAAUUUGAGUGUGAAUAUGAAACUGUAUCCCUUAUGACAUUCUUAUUUGUAACAAGGUGAAUAUUUUUUUGAGUUCAAAUAUACAAUUAGGAAAUUUAAGA